AUGGGGGAGCGAAGGGGUUGGUGGUGCAUAGUAUUUGGAUAUCUAUAUACUCCCUCAAAUAUUAAGGCUGGCCCGGGCGAUUUUUGGACCAUAGAGGCCGUUGUCCACGGAUAUGAGAAAGUAGGUUUCCAGAUGAUGGUUCUUAUGGUUUCAGCACGGCAUAUUGCUGUUUGCGAUAUUGAUAGACUAGUCACACGUGCAAGAUAUGUCACUCACGGGCAUACAAGCCGAGUCUUAGAUAAUGAUCACCUUGCAAGCUUCCAGUACUGUAGCCAUUGCACUUUCCAACGUUUUGGGUAG